AUGAAGCUCUCUAUCCUCGGGCUGCUCUCCGCGACCGCAACAGCAUCCUUGUUUUCGCAAGUGCCAUUCCAGGAGGAACCAGAAGCAGAAGGCUUUCAGAUAUACCAAAGCCAAUUCUCAGAGCACCACUCUAUCCGAAUUAAGCAGCAACAAAACAGCACCAUUUGUGAUGCACGCUCCAAACAGUACACGGGCUGGCUAGACAUCGGCUCAAAGCAUAUCUUUUUCUGGUACUUUGAGUCUCAAGAUAAACCCUCUGAAGACCCGCUCCUGCUAUGGCUAACAGGAGGACCGGGUGGUUCAGGCAUGAUUGGAUUGCUGGGCGAGCUGGGGCCUUGCCUCAUCAAUGAGUCUGGAAAUGGAACCGUGUACAACCAUUAUGGAUGGAGCAAGAAUGCCAACAUUAUAUUCGUCGAUCAGCCCGCUGGUGUUGGUUUUAGUUACGUCGACGAGGGAAUCCCGCUUCCCGCGACGAGCUUCACGGCUGCAGAGGAUAUGCAUCACUUUCUGCAGCUGUUCACCAGCGACGUAUUCCCAGAGCUUAGCAAUAGGGACUUCCACAUAACGGGGGAAAGUUAUGCUGGCCAUUACGUCCCGACACUCGGCGCCGAGAUUGUCUCGAAGAAUCUAGCUUAUCCUAAGCGGCCUCAGGUCAACCUCAAGUCGACUUUUACAGGAAACGCAUUUGUCUCGCCCAGAGACACUGCAUUUGGUUUCUGGGAAACUCUAUGUACGACAAACCCCGGUGUCGAGAGUCCCAUCUUCAACCAGACCCGCUGCGACAUCAUGGCUACUAACCUUCCUCGUUGCAUGGAGCUUACUAACGUGUGCUAUAACCAUCCGGAUCCAGCCAUAUGUAUUGCGGCUGAAGAAGUGUGCAUGUACGGUGUUAUCCUCUACUAUGACGGCGAGGCUGGAGCGGGAGGUCGCAAUCGAUUCGACAUCACGGAUGGCUGCGAGACGAAAGACGAAUUGUGCUACCCUGAGAUGCAGAGGAUACAAGACUACAUGAACACGCCAGAUGUUUGGAAUGCGCUGAGCGUGCCCCAAGCUGUGAAAAACUUUACAGGACUCUCCUACGAUAUCGCAUGGGCUUUUGCCCUCACCGGUGAUGGAGUCCUAAGCACGCAACCUCAGGUCUUGUAUCUUCUUGAGCACGGCAUCGAUGUGCUCUUCUACCAGGGUAAUUUGGAUCUUGCUUGCAACACGGCAGGUAACCUACAAUGGGCCAACACGAUGCAGUGGAAGGGUCAACCUGCGUUUGUUGCGCAGCCAAAGCGAUCGUGGAAGAACGAGGGGAAAGAGGUGGGGUGGUUCAAGGAAGUCAAGACAACGACUGCAAGUGGGCGAGAUACGACAUUUGCGUUCGCUACGCAAUCAAUCAUCACUUCUCACUUCAAACUACACUUUACAAACCUUCUACCACUCCCACAUACCCCCCACAUACACACAUACAACAUGUCUGGAACUUCCAACGUCGGUAACAGCGCGGUGUACGAGUCUCAGGACCAGGUCACCCGCUCCAACGCCGAGAUCGAGCAGGAGAAGAAGGAGAACCGCUUCCACGAGGGCAAGGACAACUCCCACAAGGCACAGGACUCCAAGGAUGAGCGAUCCAUCGCCAACAAGCUCGAACGCGAGGAGAAGCGUGAGAAGGAGGGCGAGGAGAAGUCUCUCGAGGACCGUCAGCGUGAGCAAGAUGCCACCCUUCCCGCACGCGCACACGGCAACGAGCCCUCCAAGGGAGCCAAGAUCGACCAGGAGCUGAGGGAAGAGGACGAGGCCAUGCUCAAGAAGAAGGAGCGCCUCAAGGGCAAGACCAUUGUCAUCACCGGUGCAUCCUCUGGUAUCGGCAAGUCGACAGCAAUCGAGUUUGCGCGGACACAACCCGACGACCUGAAGCUUAUCCUGACUGCGCGACGAGAGGACACAUUGAAGGAGCUUGCACAGGAAAUCCAGGGUUUCGCAAAAGGCGUCAAGGUCUUACCAGUAAAACUCGAUGUCAGCAAGCCAGACGAAGUGCAGAACUUCGUUGGCAACCUACCACAAGAGUACAAGGACAUUGACGUCCUGGUCAACAACGCCGGCCUUGUAAAGGGCGUCGCUCAAGCCCCUGACAUCUCCCCCGCCGACAUCGACACCAUGUUCAGCACAAACGUAACCGGCCUAAUCAACAUGACGCAAGCCAUCCUCCCCAUCUUCAAAGCACGCUCCACACCCUCAGGUGACAUCAUCAACAUUGGCAGUAUCGCAGGCCGCGAGCCCUACCAAGGUGGCUCCAUCUACUGCGCUACAAAGGCAGCUGUUCGCUCUUUCACAGACGCCAUGCGCAAGGAGCUCAUCGCUACAAGAAUUCGCGUUAUUGAGAUCGACCCAGGGCAAGUCGAGACCGAGUUUAGUGUUGUAAGGUUUGGUGGCGAUAAGGAAAAGGCAAAGAAGGUGUACGAGGGCGUCGAACCGUUGACGCCAGAGGACAUUGCUGAGGUUGUCGUGUUUGCUGCAGGGCGAAGGGAAAAUGUCGUGUUGGCCGAUAGUUUGAUCUUCCCGAACCACCAGGCAGCUGCGACCGUCAUGCAUCGAAAACCUGCUGAGACAUCCCUGCCACCAAAGCUGUCCACUCGGUUGCCCACAAAGGGCAGUGUAAAGAGUUUGACUUCAAUGAACCGAGCUACAAAGAGCGAUGUUCAAGGAUACAUUGUAGGACAGUACCAGGCUAUUGAGAAGGCGCGCCACGAACAUAUCGACCAGACUGGCACCAAGGUUGUUUUCUUCCUUCGCCAACAAGAGGAAGAAGAAGAAGGAGAGGAAGAGGAAACAACCGAGCUACUAGACGAAGACAUGAAGGCCAAUCUGGGCGCGUACGUUAACGACCAGGAAGAUGAAGACCGAUCAUGGAACGAGUUGCAAGACUUCAUACGAGAGAAUCAGACCUUCAGAAUUAAGUCUUCUGCAAGGGCGAGGCCACCCUCUUUGGCUCAAUGUAUGGCAAGAGCAGGUGUCGAUAACGCUGAUUUAGACCUUGAAUCUGACUCAGAAGACGACGAAAUUGAUCUCAGCGAACAGAUCGAGCAUGCUGUAUCGGCAUUCGCUGAGAAGAUCAAAGAAUAUGAGAAGGAUGAGAAGGAAGACAAGGAAGACAUCAACACUGACCCGUUGAACAACAACUUUCUCAUUCACCAUCCACCUAUGUUGUCGCCUCUGGAGUCUAUCGAUAUCUCCUACCCUUACAACAACAAGCAGAACUUUGGAAUCCACAGACACAGCGGCGGUAGGUCACUUGCGUCGCUCAUCGCUCGCGAUGGUGAAAUCUCCGUUUCUUGCAACGAAGAUGUCUGCUUGCCUUGGUCGACUUUCGAACCACCCUCGCUGUCUUCAUCGCCAGAUUCUUCGUCUGACGCAAGCGUGCUGGAUUUAUCUGCGGACGACGCACUUGCUAUGCUACGCGAGCGCUUCCGUCUCGUGCACAGCGCAGAAGGUGGUACAGGUUACUGCCGUCGGGAGUGGCUAGAUGCCAAAUUUGAGACGGGAUGCAGCAUGGUGCAUGGACCGUCGCUGUUGCGAUUUUCGACGAGCUGCUAUGAGCAUGUACAGCCACCAGUGAUCAAGAACGCGAGUACCACCACGCAGCAGGACCAAUACGACCUCAUAUCUCGUGUCAAGAUUUCGCCUUCCAAGGAUACACUGAAUACCAAGUCGUCUGUUUGGACCUCCGCGUUGUCGAAACGCACCUCCAUGACAUCAAUGUCUUCCUAUCAGACCGAUCGUCUACAGUCAGCAAACAAUGAACAUCAUCUCCAUGUGGAUGGCCCAGGUAUGGAUGUCGAGAAGCACGAGCGCGGUGACAAGCAGGAUCGAAAGUGUGUUGAUAGCCUACCUGUCCUUACCACUAAAGGUUGGUCUGAUGAGCUACAAGUAGGGGGGAUUGAGCAGCUAUAUGCACCACUGUAUACGUCCGCUGAAGAUACUGGAGAUGUCCCUGCGACGGUCGUGGCAAACGAGACCUACGACUUUCCGUCAGUGCGCGAGCAGACUGUAGACGACAAUAUCUCAACUGAUUUAGAUUAUGAUUCGGAAUCAGAAUCGGCGGUCGACGAUAGUCCCAACAAUAUGCGGCUCGACAUAUCGAUAAUCUACGACCGUUUUACUGUCCCUACAUACUAUCAAACCGACACAUCAACGCCACAGGAUAUGGCUUCCGAAGAUCUUAUUGUUGAUAGCCGCAAGUUCGACUGGGCUGAUGACGACGAUGAUGAUUUCGACCUGGAUAGCUGGAAUGCUACCGCCGACACCUCCGCGCCUACCGCCGCAGAGUUAGGUCCUCUUCAAGUUCCUCCUACCGGAGAUGCGACGAAGGAAGAAGAUGAGACCUACACCCUGUCCCGCAUUCGCAACGAGCGCGCCUUUUGGCAUUCUCCCGUCGGAGAAGAGUCAUUCGACACUGAGCUUACUCAGAAACCAGAGCCUGCUACUCAAUUGCCGGCCGAAUACUGGUAUCUCGCGGUCCUUAAUUGCCGCCCAGAGCAUCAGGUCAUGUCCGCGCGAUUCGAUCGUAUAACUCGCGCUAUUGGCUUGCGCUACGAUGGCAAAGAAGACGCAGAGGCGCCCGCCUAUCCAGAGUUGAGCAGCACCAAGACCCAUCGGUCUAACUACAUGAAAGGUUUUCAGAGCUGGAAAAUGAAACAUAGAUCGCCCUCAUGUGUCAGAGUUUAUCGUAAUUCACCCUUAAACAUCGUCACUCCCAUUGAAAACGCGCACGAAAUCGACGUCAUGGACGACGGUGCGAGCGAAGAUGUGGAGGAGGUGCUCGAUGAAGAUGAGGUCAUGCAGAUAUUCGCCUUCGAACAACAAGAGCAGGAUCACGUUUCCGUCUUCGACCGUCCCGAGCACGACCAAGAGGCCGAUCGCGAGAUGAAUGAAGAAAUUGACCGUAUGCUUAUCGAUCAAAGCAGGAACAACGUCGACAUUUCAGAACAAUUCUCGCGCAAGGAGCUGGAGAACUUGUAUCGUCAGUACAAAUCUCAGCAACUGGAGAUCGCUAAAAGCGAUACUGAAGAGCUGUACGCCAAUUAUGGGCUUGAUGUGAUUGAAGAGGAAGAUACCGCUUCGAUCGAUUCUUGGGAGGCCGGUAGCUGGGGUGAAGAGGCUUUUGAACCUUACCAUGCUUACACUCAGCGUCACGAGAUGCCGUUCUUGAUAACUGACAUGACGGAGAACAACGGAGCCUUAUCCUCGCUAUCCAUUCCGCUCAAUGCCCCGGAAAUAGAAGGGGAGUUGGAUUUCAACAGCGUGGUCUUUGGAGACGAGGACGAAACCCAGGAUUCCAAGGCUGGGGUCACUUCCGAGACCGAUUCCGAACCCAGCGAUGAGGGCUAUGCAUCAUCCUCACCACCUAUCACUCCCACUCUUGAAAUCUUUCAAACUAUUGGCAGAAAGCAUACAAAGGACAGCUUUAUUCCAGCUGAGAUGCGACUGAGCUCGUCUUCUAUGCGCCGUAAGACCAAUGGUCGGACUCAUUCCAUGGAUGCAAUCAAGGAGUUUAGACAGACUGCCAGAAAUGAGCAGCCUGUCGACGACGCCUUCGAAGAAGAUGAAAACCACAACGUCCUAGAAAGUGCUCGAUGGGAUACAAAGUCUCACGAUCAGUUGCAGAGCUCACUCAGAGCCAGCAACAGCCCCGAGUUUACCCUUAUCGUCGUGCCACCGGAGGGAGAGGAAAUGACCAACGUCUGCCCUCUCAGCGAUCUAGCGCUGAUCUUGAUCGAGGAGGCCAAUCGCGACGCGGCACCCUCAAUAUGUCCUUCGCCUUCCCAGGUCCAUCUGCCGAUCAUACCUCAUCCGUAA